AUGAACUCACCAAGGAUUGUAGAGACAUCAAACAACAUGAACACACCAAGGAUUGUAGAGACACCAAACAACAUUAACACACCAAGGAUUGUAGAGACACCAAACAACAUGAACACACCAAGGAUUGUAGAGACACCAAAUAACAUGAACACACAAAGGAUUGUAGGGACACCAAAUAACAUGAACACACCAAGGAUUGUAGAGACACCAAACAACAUCAACACACCAAGGAUUGUAGGGAAACCAAAUAACAUGAACACACCAAGGAUUGUAGAGACACCAAACAACAUGAACACAUCAAGGAUUGUAGAGACACCAAAUAACAUGCACACACCAAGGAUUGUAGCGACACCAAACAACAUCAACACACCAAGGAUGUAG